AUGAACAAUUUAGAAAUUAUUAAAAGUGAGCGAGGCCGUGACUUAAUCGUGUACCAAAAUUAUUCGUUUUACAAAGAAAAACAUGUAAAUGAUGGUGUUAAAUGGCGUUGUACUCAUCGUGGUUGUCUUUCAAAACUAUAUUUAGAUGAAUGUUCUAAAGUAAUUUUUCGAUGUGAGUUAAUACACAACCAUGAAAAACCACUUAAUUUACCUCGGAAAAUGAUUUCAAAUUCAGCAAAGAGAAAAGCAGCUGACCAAGGUAUUUAUCAACCAUUAAAAAUUAUUAGGGAAGAAAUUGUUAACGCUCCAGUAGAGUUAACACAAUUAUUAAAUAGUAAAGACAUAAAUCGAAUACGAAAAAAUAUAUAUCAUGAACACCGGAAAAACUAUCCGAUUUUACCAAAAUCUCUUAAUGACACACAUGACACUAUUAGCAAAUUAGAAAUUAAAACAAAUAUUGAUGAAGAUUUUUUACUAGAUAACAAUUCUGCAUAUAACAUUAUAAUAUUUUCAAUAGAAAAAAAUUUAAAAUAUAUAUGUGAAAAAAACGAUUAUUUUUGUGGAUGGCACAUUUUCACAUUGCCCAAAAUUUUAUUAUCAAAUGUUCACACUACAUACAGUUCACAAUAA